AUGAACGGAGAUAUCCCAGUAUACCAACCACCACAACCAACCAAUGAAGUCCAACCACUCUUGAAUGUCUCGGCAUCCCAACAACCCCAAUUGUCAAUAUAUCAACCACCUACACAACCAAAUGGAUUGGAGUAUCAACCAAACUUAAUCAACCAACCAUCUGCUCCAGUUAUUCCUGGCCCUCACAUUCAACAAUCAAGUUACAUUGAUCCACAACAAGUUCCUGUAGUCCAGUAUAGCCAACCACCAUCUGGAAUGAUUGAGUCAUAUCAACAACCAUUGUCAUAUCAAGCACCACCAAAUCAAAGCGGUGUUAUUGUACAACAACCAGUUACCACAACUCAACCCAAACAACUAACAACAAUUACGUUCUAUCCUUCUCAAAUGUUUUGCCCUCACUGUAAUAAGUUAAUCACGACUGAAGUUACUUAUGAGGCAGGUUCUUUAGUUUUUAUCUUGUGUUGUGUUUUAUGCUUUUUGGGAUUAUUAUGUUUUUCUUGCAUUCCUUGUUGUCUUGAUGGUUUAAAAGAUGCUCACCAUAAAUGGUUUGUUUAUUGUUUUAUUAAUUUUUUAGCUUAA